UAAUAAGAGCCACAACAACAACCACAACGAAAAAGCAAUUCUACAAUGAAUUCUCUAACUGCAUCUGGAUUCCCGCCACAUCUUCAAUUUCUCCGUACACUAACAUCAAGAUCCCACCUUUGCCCUUCCUUCAACCUCUCUGCAACAAGAACUAGACCCGAUUUCCAGAGAUGGGUCUUCUCCAAAACCGCCAUUAGAGCUUCUGCACCUUCGGUGACGAAAGCUUCCGCUUCUUCUCCUGGAUUAUACUCUUCUCAGACGUUCGAUCUCACAGUAGAGAACGUGGAUCGUGUUCUGGAAGAUGUUCGGCCAUACCUGAUUUCUGAUGGUGGUAACGUCGAUGUUGUCUCCGUUGAAGAUGGAAUUAUCUCUCUGAAACUCCAAGGGGCAUGCGGGAGCUGUCCGAGCUCAACGACCACCAUGAAAAUGGGGAUCGAGCGAGUGCUCAAGGAGAAAUUCGGAGAAGCGGUCAAAGAUAUUAAGCAGGUUUCUGAUGACCAACAAACAGAAACGACUGUUGAGGCAGUGAAUGGUCAUCUCAACAUACUGAGACCUGCAAUCAAGAAUUAUGGGGGGAGCGUUGAAGUGAUAUCCGUGGACGGCGGAGAUUGCCAUGUCAAGUAUGUGGGGCCUGAGUCCAUCGGGUCAGGAAUCAAAGCAGCUAUCAAGGAGAAAUUCCCAGACAUUGUGAAUAUCGUAUUCACUGGCUAGGCUUGGAGCCUUUGCAUGCAUCCUCCACACCUCAGUACAUGUAUGUAUGGUACAUGCGUAGAUGCCUGUGCAUUGAUGAGCUUGUAUACAGUGCAUUCCUCACACACUUUCCUUUUAUAAUCAAGUUGAAUUUUCUCGGCCGCUCAA